AUGCCUUGCGCAACUGCCACGGCCAAGAAGCAGCCGCUGACCUUGGAGCAAAUCUCCAAGUACGACGACGUCUGCACCGAUGCGCUGGUCGAUCAGACCUUCUACUCCUCGACCAUCCCCAAGAACCGAACCACGUACCACCCUUCAAGGGGAAUUCGGGAGGAGCAGGUCACCAAGAUCAUUCAGAACCACCUGAUCGUCGACCCUGAUCUGCCGCUUGCCGAGGAAAAGCUGCUUGCGCUGGAAGGCCUCCGCAAGUUCCACAAUGCCCUCAGGACCGAAAAGGAGAAGGACGAUUUUCGCCGCCAUCUGCGCCGCUACGCCCAGACCUACCUGCCCGACUGCCCCUUCGAGGUCAGCACGACUAACCGCUACACAAUCGUCACUUACGAAGCCGCCGUCACCGCCCGCCACUUCAUCAAAAAGGGUGACUCGAUCAAGUAUCUGUCGGGCAUUCAAGUCCUCAUCACGCCCAAGGAGGAGGAGGACAUGACCAAGCGCAAGAAGGACUUCAGCAUCGUUGUCAGCUCCCGCAACAAGUGCGCUAGCCUAUUCAUGGGGCCCGCCCGCUUUGCCAACCACGAUUGCGAUGCCAAUGCUCGGCUCGUCAUAACGAGUCAGUCGACCAUUGAGAUAUUUGCCAAGAAAAACAUCGAGGUCGGCGACGAGAUCACGGUCACGUACGGCGAGAACUACUUUGGGGAGGACAACUGCGAAUGCCUGUGUCAAACGUGCGAGAGAAACCUCGCCAAUGGGUGGUCGCGGCCGGACGGAGAAGAUGCCAUGGCGGGGCCGGCUGGUCCGGUCAAGAAGAGUAUUGAGGAGUCGACCGACGAGGGGUACUCGCUGCGACGGAGACGGAGAGACGACAGCACAGCUCGCUCCUCCCGAACGCCGUCUAGAACCCCGGAUAUUCGCCCUAGGGUCUCGAGAUCGAGGACCAAGACGUUGUUGCGAGUUGAUUCAUACCGCGCCUCCCAGACCGGAUCACCUGCGCCGGAGACGCUCCUGCGUCAGAAGCGAAAGCAUGAGUUCGCUGUCCUGAGCUCCCCUCCGGUAACACCAGCCAAAAGACAAAAGACGACACUUCUCGAUGAUCAGCCGGUUCCCCUCCCUGAGGGCAUCUUGCAGCGAGACAGUGAAGGGGAGUCGAGCUCUGAUGCGGUUGGUUCAGCAGCCGAAUCAAGUGCCGGUGACUCUGUCAUCACCGAUUUGACUACGCCAGAUGAGGAGAUCAAAGAGCCAGAAUUGUCUCUGCAGUCUCCCAAGCCAACUCCUACCAAGUCUCUUGCGCCCGGACUUACGACAGGCGAUGCAUCCCUGACGGUAUCAGACGUUGCUUCAUCUCUGGAAUCUGAGAACACGAUGAUGGUACAGCCGUUGCCCGCUGCAGAGGUAGCCUCGGGAGCGGCAAUGGCACCGGCCGCAACUGGUAUUCCGGCACCAGAUGUCCCACAGAGAGUUUCAGGAGUGGAUUUCAUUGCUCCCGAGGAACUCGAUCUCAUCGUGAUUCCUCCGCCGCUGACACCUGCCUCAAAAAUGAAUGAGCACGAGCCGCACACCCCAGGUUCCGCACAGCCGGAGUCGACCGGAGAACCCAUCAAGAGAGGUCGCGGUAGGCCCAAGGGGAGCACCAAGGCUAAGAAACUUGCUGACUUUACCGCCGCGAACCCCUCUACAAACAUUACGCCUCCUCGGAAAGCCACGUCCACCCCAAGGAAAGCUCGGUCCCCACCGCCUCCGAUGUCUGAUGAUGACUCUGUGGACGACACAGACAUGCCUAGGAACGUUCGCAGGCCUGGCGACUACACCCUCACACCGCUUUUGUUGUCCGAGCCAGAUACCGCCUGGAUCCAUUGCACAAUCUGUAACGAUGCUUUUGUACAGCGCGAUGCGUACUUUACACGCAGCGCCUGCCCACGUUGCGAACGUCAUUCUAAGCUCUACGGCUAUCAAUGGCCCAAAACGCAGAAGGUAGAUAAGAAAGACAAAGAGGAGCGAAUUUUAGACCACCGCGAGAUUCACCGCUUCCUGGACCCAGAGGACGAAGCCAGAAUUAGAGGCCGGAAAUACCCUUGGGCCUCGUCCAAGGAGAAUGAAGAAGAAGAGAAAGAUACCAGUAUGCCAAAGUCCAGUUCUAAGGCCCGCCAAACGAAGAUAGGCGCGCAAGGAAAGCAAGCAUCCAGUAGAAAAUCGACUGAUCAUCAGGGCCUGGCCUCGGCAGAAGGUUCCAGGAGAAGCGGUCGGGCUCGGACUGUAAGCCGAAGAGGCCAAUAUGCUGCCAUCUAG